GGAGUCAGUUUCCUCAUCCACUGGCACGCUGUGCUUUUCUCCUUCUCUCCCGCCUCACCCUCCCAGCCUUCCGCUGCGGCCCACGGAGAGGGCGGAGCUUCCCCGCCUCCUAGCCAGUGAGAACCUCAGGAUUAGGGGGACGGAGAAGGUGGUAGCAAGGGAGCACGCCCCUUUGCCAGCCACGCCCCUUGGUGGGGCGCGCGCGGGGUGGGGGGUUACCCCUUUAAAAUAACCUGAAGGCGCCCUGAGCGAAUUUACCACCCUCAGGGGCCGGUUUGUGAGGGAGAAUUUUAUACGGGGGAAUUAUAUAGAUCUAUUUGUAUAUACUAUAUAUAUGUUUUCAAAGCGCUGAGUUUCUUUUCCUGUCGAGAAGUUUGAUACCCCCCCACCCGCUCAUUCCCGUUCCUCUUUCGAGAGAGAUGACCGCGUUGCCUCCGCGGAGUUGAGGAGGGAGCGAGCGAGAGGCGGCGGCGGCGGCUGGGCUCCUGAGAGGCAGAGCGAGCGAGGGAGCGAGAGAGAGGGGGGCAGAGCGAAGGAGCGAGCAGCCGCGUGAGGCCGCCUCAGCCGCCCUUCCUUCCCUCCGCUUAGCUCCCGCCGGCGGGCUGCGAUGUCUCCCGUCAGCGAGGAGGUGGGAGCGGGGGACGGCUGCCCCCCGGCUGCCCCCGUGGCCCCCUUGGAGGGGGGCGAGGCGCUGGGCGACGAGCCGAAGCAGGAGAACGGCGGCGAGUGGUGCUCGCACCAGACGCUGCUCUCCUCGCUGGAGGCAGCCGCCGGGGAGCCGCCCCCGGUGACGGCGUUCGCGGCGGCCGGGAGCCCCCCGGAGAAGAAGCUGCAGAAGCCGCCCACGCCGCCGCCCAAGGGAGGCGAGGCGCCGUUCGAGCCCCCCGAGGGCGGCUGGGGGUGGGUGGUCAUGCUGGCCUCCAUGUGGUGCAACGGCGCCGUGUUCGGCAUCCAGAACUCGUGCGGGGUCCUCUUCAAAGCCAUGCUCAAGGAGUUCGGAGACCCCAACGACCCGCAGCUGACGUUCAAGACAGGUGAGUGAGUGCGGGGGGGGGGAGGAAGGCGGGAGGUGCGGGAAUGGAGACCCCCCCCCCAACCGCCUCUGAAUCGGGGCUCCUGCUUUUGCGUUCAGAGAGAUAGGGAGGUGAUCGGGGAGAGAGAGAGACUGGGCUGGAGCACUUCUGGGCGAAGGUGGCUUGUGUUUAGAUUUAAAACCACCCAUUCAUUUUUGGUGCACAGAACAAAACCUCCGAAUUGGUGGGCGGACUGGGUGAAGGAGGAGCAGGCGCUAAGGUUUUGCAGUUGCUGCUGUGUAUGUGCAGAAUCUGCCCCCUCUAUUUGGGGGAAAGUUUCUGCCCUGCUUCCCAUUGUUCUGGGACUGUAGGUGACGUCCUUAAAAAAAAAAAAUCAUAAGAAGGGCCCUGUUGAAUCAAACCAGUGGCCCACCUAGUCCAGCAUCCUGUUCUCACAGUGGCCAUCCAGAUGCCUGUGGGAAACCUGCAAGCAACUGGUGUUCAGAAGCAUUGCUACCUCUGAUCAUGGAAGCAGAGCAUUGCCAUCACGGUUAGUAGCCAUUAAGAGCCAUAUUCUCCAUGAAUAUGUCCUCUUUUAAAGCCAUCCAAGUGGGUAGCCAUCACUGCCUCCUGUGGGAGCAGAGUUCCAUAGUUUUAACUAUGCACUGUAUGAAGUACUUUAUUUUAUUUGUCCUGAAUUUUCCACCAGCAGCUUCAUUGAUGCCCAUGGUGUUAUGAGAGGGAGAAAAACUUUCACUCUCUCCAUGCCAUGUAUACUUUUACAAACAUCUAUUACUUGUUUUUUCUCUAAACUAAAAAGUUCCAAAGAUUGCAUCCUUUCCUCAUAUGGGUGUUGCUUUAUUCCCUUUUAAGGGUCAUGUUGAUCACACUUUUCUGAACCUUUUCCAAUUCUACAAUAUCCUUUUUGAGGUGAGGCAACCACAGUAUUCCAAAUGUACAAUGGUGUUAUAAUAUUAGGAGUUUUAUUUUCAAUUCCUUUCCUAAUAAUCUCUAGCAUGGAAUCUGCCUUUUUCACAGCUACUGUACAGUAGUUUUUCAUUUUCAUCAAGCUAUCUACUACAAACCUGAGGUCUUAUUCCUGGUCAGUCACUGCCAGUUCAGACCCCAUCCACAUAUGUGAAAUUAAUAUUUUUUGUGCCAGCUUUCAUAUCUUUACACUUUUUUUAUGUUGAAUUCUAUUUCAUAUUUCACCACCCAGUCACUUAAUUUGUAGAAGCCUUUUGGAGCUCUUCACAAUCUUUUUCUUUAAAUGAUCCUGAACAAUGCAGUCCUGAUAGGAUUUCUGCUUUUGGAUGUGUAUUUUACUUCUGUAUCUCCUUCACCCUCUCUGUCUAGCUUGUGCAAGAGUUUGUAGAUUCUGUUUACUGAAAGAAAGAAAAUUAAUCAGAAUUGGGUUUAAAGGUUUGGCUAAGGAUUUGUAACCAGCAGGACAACAAUACUCAUAGAAUCAUAGAAAUAUAAAGUUGGAAGGGAUCCUGCGGGUCAUCUAGUCCAAUCCCCUGCAAAGCAUACACGACAGAUGGCCAUCCAACCUCUGCUUAAAAUCCCCCAUAUAAUGAGAGUCCAAGAGUCCACUGUCCAAGAGGUCUUACUGUCAGAAAGGUCUUCCUGAUGCUUUGUUGGAAUCUUCUUUCUUGUAACUUGAAUCCAUUGAUUCAGAUCCUACCCUCCAGAGCAGGAGAAAACAAGCUUGCUCGAUGUUCCAUCCCUUUAGAUAUUUGAAGAUGGCUAUCAUGUUUCUUUUCAGACUCCUCUUAUUCAGGCUUUUCCAUUGGGCUGUCUAAAAUAAUUAUUUUCUCACCUUUGCAGUAACUCUGCAUGCAGGUUUCUGCUAAUCUAUUUCACAGAUGUGUGAGAUGAAACUGAAAAGGAAAUUUUACAAGACUAGCCACUGAGUUUGUAGCAGAAAUUGGGUUCUGUGGUCCACCUUAAAAUAUAAAUGAAUUUUUCUGAUUUAUUGUGAUAAUGCUACUUAUGUGCAAAACACUUUAAACAGAUUUUGUGUCAUUUAACUUAAAUAAAUGUGAAUCAGAAAUGUCCAUGUAAACUGCUAACUUAUCCAAAACUUGCAACUAUUUGAACAGCUGUUUUGGACUAGUGUCAAUCUUCAAGAUAUCUUGGCAAUAUAAAAUCCGUCUGAACACAUGCAGUCUUUCAAAUUUGCCCCCUAUUGUAAUCAACAGUGUGUUUCUUUUGGAUAAUAACUGAAAAAGAAUAGUCAGCUAGAACAAAUCUUGUUUAAAUUAAUAGUGGCCUUGGGAGGUGCUUCUCUGUUGUAUCAAAACAAAUUUUAGCAACUGUAGACUGUUUCCUGCUGAGCACCAGGACUUUCAGGAAGCUCCUGGUAUGUAGAAGGGAAAUUAUUCUAGUAGACAAAGUUUCUGUUCAUCUGGCUUAACCUUUGAAUUAACUAUGUAACAACUACAUAUGGAACCCAAUCUGAAGCAGAGGUUUACAUUAGUAAAUAUGUAUAGGAUUUCAGCCCACUCUCCUUUCAUCUCAACUCUGCCUUAAACUGAAUAAAAGUUUGAAAUAUUUUCUGUUUAAAGUUUAGAUCUUAUGAAUUGCAUCCAGUAGUGGCUUUUCCUUAGCAUAAAGCACUUCUGUUUAAACAAAAUAGGACAUCCAAUUUUUUUUAAUCUUCUCUUACCUACUGCAGCCCUCUGAACCACAUCCUAUGAAGUUCCAGAAAGUACCCUGACAUUGCGUGCAACUUUUUGGAGGAACAUAAUAAGUAGCUAGAAGGGUGAAUAAAAAGCACAUAUAACCUAGCUUGUGCAAGCAAAAAUGCUUUCCACUUACACUAGCUCCCAUUUUGGAUAUAACCCUAUAUAUUUUUCCCACAGCUUUGAUAAAUGCUUUGAUAGUUGGAUAAACUGCCAGGGGAGAAUAGAAGGAACACAUUUUGUUUCAGUCCCUGGUAAUUAGUCUAUUCUAAUGAUCUCUGAGAGAAACAACUACUUCCAGCUGGAAAGAAAAUAGGUACAUGUAUCUCUUAAUCCAAUUAGCAUGUCUUCCUGUUAUAAUUAAUUAUCAUGACUGCAAGCAUCUGGUUGAAACUGAGCAUGAACUUCACAAAAGGUGAAGGCAACCUAAUCCCCAUUAUUUUUGCUCACUGAAGAGGAUAAGUGAAUUAAUAAGCAGUAAUCUUUGGAUAAUUGCUCUGACUUGGGCUGGAGGUGUGUUUCAUUCUUAUGAAAGUUCUAAAAGCUUACAGAAUUGUCAAAAAUUGCCAAGUAUUCAGAAAAGUCUAAUUAUUAGAGUGCUAUGUGCCUCCCAUGCUUGUUUUGAAAAAAUAAUAAUAUGGCUAUUGAGCCACUCUGGGUUCCAGAGCACUGCAUGCGUGCACAUGGGAAUGGCCAGUGGUGGCACUUGCACCACUCAAAGGUUGGACUCCUGUAGACUAGGACUCAGUGAUGUAUGAAAGGCUGCUGCAUGUAGGGAGACUUGGCCGGUUUCUGUGCAUGCACAGGCCUUUCUGGAUCUCGGAUCAUAUUUUAGAACCUCCAUUUUAAAGCUUUCUAGUGGGGGAUGUAAGAAAAAUAUAUUGCUAUCAGAUGUGUAGCUUGAAAAAACAGUGGUACCUCGCAAGACGAAUGCCUUGCAAGACAAAAAACUCGCUAGAUGAAAGGGUUUUUGGUUUUUUGAGCUGCUUCGCAAGACGAUUUUCCCUAUGGGCUUGCUUCGCAAGACGGAAACGUCUUGCAAGUUUGUUUCCUUUUUCUUAACACCGUUAAUACAGUUGCAACUUGACUUCGAGGAAUAACUCAUAGAACGCGGUGUGGUAGCCUUUUUUGAGGUUUUUAAAGACUUUGGUGAUUUUUGAAGCUUUUCCAAAACUUUCCCGACACCGUGCUUCGCAAGACGAAAAAAUCGCAAGACGACAAAACUCGUGGAACGAAUUAAUUUCGUCUUGCGAGGCACCACUGUAAUAAAAUCGUUGCUUAUAGAAGAUAAAAUUUACAACAUUGGUACAGCGCUAUGUUAAAUUGCUAGGCAAGACACUAGAUGUUCACAUUAAACCAAACAUUUUAUUACUGGACUUGUGGUGCUCCCGUCAUUAUGAUAGCAGCACAUAUUUCAGCUGAGCUAUUGUCAGGAUAUACUGAUCCUGCCAUAGCACUGAUGGAGUGACUAUAGACUUUGUGAAACAAGAACAGAAGAGAUUAGUCUCUUGGUAGAAGAUCUAGACCUGCUAGUGGCUUGUCAAUAUACCUUCCUCAUCUAGUGUCGCUCAGAGAACUGGUAGCUUCUACCAUUGCAAAGCAAGUGUGGGAUGGACUUUUGUCAGGACAUCUAAAGUAUUCACUUGAGGCUUCUAGUGUGCACAUCUCCUUAAUUCUGUACUGAAGUCCUGAGGCUUCUUUCUGGAAACAAAAUACUGACUGCUUGACCUGAAAGGUCUUUACAUUCCCUUGAUUUAUCUUCUCUGCUUUACCUUGCCUUUUCUCUGUAAAGAGCAGAGUAUAAAAAACUUGCUUCCAGAACAUAUGGUAUAGCUGAGUAUUUGCAGCUGUUGGGAAUCAGUGGGCUUUUGAAGAGCCCAUAGGUAUUGCAUUGUUUCUAGAGUGUGCAAAGUCAAUGUAUAUACAGAGGGGUAACUGUUAGUUUGUUGCUGCAAAACAGUAGGCGUACGAUACAUUUAAAGAUAGUGAGUUGUAGAUCUAGCUAAGGCAUACACAGAAUUAGACCCACUGAAAUUUAUUACGUCUAUUAACUUAAAUUAGUUUAAAACAAUUUUAAACAUCACUGAUUUUAAUCAUGUUUUUAAAUUUAUUUCACCUACCCUGGGACCUUAUGAUCAAGAAUGAGAAAGAAAUCAAAGUAAUAAUGUCCACUGACUUCAGUAGGUCUCCUUUGAGUAUGUCUAAGACUUAGUUGAUGUCAAAUGUAAAUGUUAAUUGUAGAGCAGGAAUGGCUGACAUUUUUCAGCCUGGAUGUCACAUUGACUAUGAGCCCCUCUGGAAUGUAAAAGGUGGUGUUUUGAGUGGGUAGAGGGAUUGUAUCACCCACUUUCCUAACUUAGUAAAGCAGUGUGAAGAUUGGAAGAGAAAGCUCAGGACUGGCAAACCACAUUUCUGGCUUGCAGGGCUGGAUCUGGACCACAGAUUAGCCUUCCAUGUGGUAGAAUAAGCUUUUGUGAAAUUUAUACAUCUGAUGAAGUUGAAUCUAGUCCGCAAAAGCUCCAUAAUUAGGAUUGUGGCUGCAUUUAAUUUAAUCAGGGGAUACAUUAGUGAAGCUACAACAAAUCUCAGACACAUUCUGCCCACAAGGUUAAAACUGAGAACUGCAUGUUGGCAUUGGUUUAAUUUAUUUAAUUUAAAUAGUGCUACAAUGAAAGAGGCAUUGGGAUUGGAACUACGAUUCUUCAGCAAAAAUCUCCCUAAGAUGCUAUUUUACAUUAAAACGAAGGUGUCACUGCAAUCUAUAGAGAACAUAUCCCUUUGUUGUAUUUGUUAUUCUGACCCCACUCCCAUCAGUUUAAAAUGUACAAAUCCUGGAAUUCUCAGGAAUUUCUGAGUGCACAACUGGAGCUUUCAAUUAUUUAACCAGGGAAAUAUGCUACAAAAAAUAAAAUACUAAAAAAAUAAAUUUCAGUAGAAUGUUCCAGUUAGAAUUUAGCCUACAAUCCAAUAAAACUAUGAAAAACACUUUUGCUGAGAAGCUUCCCUGUUCAUAUGACAAAAAGAUUGUGAUCUUUGCACUAUGAUCAAACCUUGUUAUUCAAAGGUUACAGAUAUUACUUAUCACAAUUUAUAGAACUUGCAAUAUAAGCAAGUCAAAGUCUAAAACUAGUUUACUGGUUCAAACUCAAUAUGCCUUUCUCAAAGAACCUCACAAUCGUUUCUAAAACAAUUACAUAAAAUUUUUGUGUGUUUGCUCCAAACUCAGCAUUUUAUUUUUCUAGCAAUUUGCUUACAGAGGCAUGGACAGGAAAUAUGAAUGCCAAUUUAACUACUGAUUGGUCCCCUGAGCAGUGCAUUUUGUUGUUCCUGUAACUAGCCAUCAGAGUGCCAAGAGCUUUUAUGUCCUCUUCCUCUCAGAGAUAAGAUUUACCGUAUUUUUCGCUCUAUAAGACGCACCAGACCACAAGACGCACCUAGUUUUUGGAGGAGGAAAACAAAGAAAUAUUCUGAAUCUCAGAAGCCAGAACAGCAAGAGGGAUCGCUGCGCAAUGAAAGCAGCAACCCCUCUUGCUGUUCUGGCUUCUGUGAUAGCUGCGCAGCCUGCAUUCGCUCCAUAAGAUGCACACACAUUUCCCCUUACUUUUUAGGAGGGAAAAAGUGAGUCUUAUAGAGCAAAAAAUACGGUAUUUCUGUUUAAGACCUCAGUGCUAUACCUACAUACCAUGGAGUACCAUGGGACUCACUUUUGUGUAGAUGCAUACAGUGGUACCUCGGUUUAAGAACAGUCUUGUUUAAGAACAAUUUGGUUUACGAACUUCGCAAAACUGGAAUGGUGGAAGGGCACUGCCGGCGGGAGGCCUCAUUAGGGAAAGCGCGCCUUGGUUUAAGAACAGUUUCAGUUUAAGAACGGACUUCCGGAAUGGAUUAAGUUCGUAAACUGAGGUACCGCGGUAUAGGGUUUGACUCAGUAUCACCACUUCACUUUAGACUUUCAAGCUGACCUUCCUCCUCGGUAUAUUUCAGAGCCAAACUACAUAUUCCAUUAGUGGACUCAUUGGGGUGAGAUUUGUUUUUUCUAUUAAAAUCAAGCAUUUCCUACCUAUUCAUGCCUCUGUACUUCACGGCAGUCAAUGACACUUUCAGAUAUAUUGCCGUAAGCAAGCCUUUGUUCUACUGUUAUUCAGGGUUCUUUUAUCCAUCUUAGACAAUGCUGCACUCAGUUGUUCACAUCACAAAAGGAAUGUGAACAUUUAUACACACCAUCUUGGAUUGAUUCUUAAUGCAAAUAUACUAACUUAUGGUAAGUGCAAUCCUGUAUCUAUUCAAAAGUAAGUGGCACAAAGUACAAUAGGACCUAUUCCCAGGACUCGGCCACAUUAGUAAAAAAACAAUGAUUUGAAUGCGCUAUAAACAUGCAACACCAUAUGGUGCCAGAGAGCAGGGAAUUUUUAUACGCGUUUUUCCGUAGAGGUUUUUUGUUGUUGUUGUUAGAAUGAUCUAAUUUCUGAGUUAUUUAUAGCAAUUCCCCCCGUGUGCAGAUCCACCCCCAGAUAAGUGUGGCUAGGGCUGAAGCCUGAACAGGCUGCAGGCAAGUUCUGAAACUGAACCAAUUAAUUUUCUAAGCAAACUUUGAGAUAAUUACAAUUAUUGAUUUUCUCUGUCCAUAUUUUAACUAGGGUCUCUUUUGUCCUCACACUCAUCAUUGCAACUUUUUUUUUUAUAAAUGAGAUGUUAGUGUUGUAUGCAGAAGAGGGGGAAGAUUCGUUUGCAUGGGGGGGGCUGUUGGGUGUCAAGUUAGCCAUAUUGAUUUGUAUGCUGUCAGGGGGUUCUUGUUGUUGUCUUGUUGGGUUGUGUAUGUAAUAAAAGGGAGCCAUACUGGGGUGAAGGCGUCCUCUUCUGUUUGUCCCCGUAUCAGUUUUAGUCUGUUGGUUAGCUUUUCUAGUAAGACUGUUUCCCAUAUGAUUUGGUACCAGUGGUCCAUGCUGACUCCUGGAAUAUCUCUCCAGUGUCUGGCUAUGAUGCUUCUGGCUGUUCAUCACUGCAGCUAUUGAGAUAAUGAUAUGUAGCAAACAGACUUUUUCCAGUUAAUUACCCAUGCAGAGCUGGUCUUAAUGAGCCCAGUAUGAAACUUUUUCAGGAAAUGCUGUGGUGCAAAGAACAGUUUGGCCUUAUUUCUUUUUAGUCAGGAACUUGGAUACUGAACCCUUAAAUGGGGACACAGUGCCAUUUUUAACCAUGGGAGAAUAUUUGACAAACAAAAGAGUAGUGGAGAGUUCAAGUAAUCUUGAUUGAAAGUGUCGUUAACUAGUGAGUUAACUAGUGAGUUCUUAGCUAUUUAAGAUUGGAUUACAACAGUCAUACUUGGAGUAGACCAAAUAAGUCCAUUGAUAUCAAUUGGUCUGUUCUAUGACUAAUCUUGAGCCCUGAUCCUAUGCAAUCCCUUUCAUCUCUGUAAAAGGAUGCACAGAAGCACUCACUCUCCAAGUAUGUUUAAACUUUUUAAAAAAGCAUAUGUAUGAAAUAAUCAUUGUAAUCACAGUAAGUGUUAGAUGUUAGCAGUAUCCCAUCUUGUGUUGAAAGUGGAGGAUUCUUGGGAUAUUUCUGUUUUAUGCUUUACCCAGCAUGAGUUUUUACAUACAAGUGGCUCAAACUAUUUUAAAAAUUGCAUUGUGUAAGUAAUGGGUACAUUAAAUAAUGACUAAAUGAGGAGCAAUUGUGUUCCUCAUUAUAUUUAAUUGUCAAGGCCUUGCAUUCCAUAAUUCUGAGUUUCUAAAUUUGGUGCCAAGAGACUAAAGCAGUCACUCUCCUUCACACUCAUUGCAGAGCUUCUCCUGCAGUUAAAAAACAAACAAACCACAUGUUCUUGUUGUACAAAAAUAUUUUUUACUAUAUUUUAUGCAGAAGUUGAAUGUAUUGGGGCUUAAUAAAUUAUGCUAUAGGGAGGCAAUGGCAUAACUGUAUAUAAAUUAUUUGAAAGGCCUUUGACCUCCCAUUCAAGGUUAGGGCCUUUGUUAAUGCUUAUCACCUUGGUUUUGUCCUUAAUUCUUCCCUCAAUGACAACUAGUUCUCCACAGAAAUUUAUCGAUUUUAAAAGGAUACCAUAAAAUGAUUUGUGUUUGUUAAGGAUGUGGCAUAUUCAUUUUCUAACCUUGAUAGAUAUUGCAGACCCCAUUCCCUCUAUUUAUUUCUGUUGUUGUAAAAAUCAUUGGUAGCUGGAUGUCAAAGAAACCCUAUGGCAUUUGCUAUUCAUGAACGAAAAUUAAAUACCGUUGACUAUGACACAGGAAGCCAGAAUGAUGAUUAAGGGUAGAAUUCAGCAUGGCACUAGGAGAUUGUUCCAUCAGCAAAAGCAGAAAUGCUUGCACUGAUGGAACCAUCUCCCUUUCGCCCUUGCCUCUGUGUGCUGUUCUGGGGAUUCUCCCAACCCUCCAGAGCAGAUCUUCAGGAGGCAUGUUGGGGGGCGGGGAGGAAAUGGGGGAAAUCCCUGUUGCACUAGCCAGAGUCUUUGAGCUGGGUUGUCCUAGGUACAUGAAUCUGACUCUAGGAGUGUUUGUGUAGGACUAGGGAGGCCCAGGAUGGAAAGCAGGGAGACCAACCAUUGGUGGAGCCAGAACCUAUGACAGGAGAGCCAAAUAAUUCUCAUUUUGUUCUCAUUUCCUCCUCAUCUUCCUCCCUGCUGAAUUCUACAAGAGCAACACAGACUAAGGAGGAGAAAGCUGACAGGCACUGUCAUCCCUUGAGCUGGUUGUAAGUAAGAAAGCAAGCAGGCGGGGCUACCUGAGGGCAGACCUGAGGGUGGUGGGCAGUGCCUAAUUCAUUGUAAUAAACCAGCCUCCAAUGAGCCCUGGCCUACCUCACAAGGUUGUUGUGAGGAUAAAAUGGGGGCAUGGAGAACCAUGUAUGCUUCUUUGAGUUCCUUGGAGGAUGAUACAAUAUAAUGUAGUUAUUUGCAAUAUCUUGCAAAAACAUGAAUGAAUGAAUGAAUGAAUGUGUGAGACAUCAAAGAUCAACUGUAAAAGUGCUAGUGGGUUAGAGUUAAACCUAGCUCAACUCUGUGGUGAAGGUGCUUCUUCAGACUUACCCUAGAGGUGAUGAUGAAGCUUGUCAGUUUCACUACUAUUUUCAGGUGCUUUGCAUGGGAGCUAGAUAAAUGUUUGAUUAUUGCAUCUAUUUAUUUAUUAAAUUUUAUCCUGCCCUUCUUCCAAGAGAAGCCCAAAGUGGGAUAUAAAUUUAAUAAAUAAAUAAAUUGGCAUUAAACUUUCUAGGACUGAUGGCUGGAGGCACAUUCUUGUUCACACAAGCCCACUCAGAUGCUUAGAAAGUUGAAGUAAUUUUAAUUUGUUUUAGUAUUUUAACUUUUGUAUGCUUUAAAGUACUGUUGUAUUUUUAAAUUGAUUUUAGUGUUUUAUCUAUUUGUAAAUCGCUUUGAUUUUUGUUUUGUUUUUUACAAUCAAGCAGUGUAUACAUUUCUGAAAUAAUAAAAGAAAAAUAAAAGCAAGUUAAAAGGGCAUAGACUUGAAUUUUGCCUCUGGGCAUCCCUGUUCUUCUGAAACAAAAUGUACUGUUCUGUUCUAGCUGAAUUCACCUGUUUUUGAAAAGCAGUAGUCAGCUUUCUGAAUGUGUAUCUGUUGUCUUAUAAACCUAGAGCGUAUUAGGCAUAAUUGUUAACCUUUUCAUUGAAAAUUACAAGGUAGAAAAUUGCAAGGUUGCUAAUUAUGUGUAAUGAAGAAAUAAAAGAAUUCCAACAGCUAUUCUGGCAAACUACAAAACAACCUAUAAAUCAUAUCACUGUAAUUCUCAUUAUAAAAUUAACUUAUCAAAAUAAUUCCUGCUAAAGGGUUAGACAAGGCUAAGUACAAAGUAAUAGAAACUGUAAACAUCCAUUCUUGUUCCAACCUAGUAAAUAUAAAAUGGAUUAUAUUGAACUGUAUGUGUUUCUAAUGUAAUACAAAUGUGAUACUGUACACUUGUAACUACAUAAAUGGUCAAUCUGCUGCUUCUAACAGCAAUUGUUUGCAUGCAUUUCAUAUACGAAGUUUGAAACAUUGUGUUAAAAAAACUUUUAAUGUCACUGACUAAAGAGGGAUUGUUAUAAAGCAACAAGUAUAUAACUUGGCAUCUGUUACUUCCAAGUGGUGAGAAAUAGAAAUCAAAGGACUGUGUUGACCCUGAAGUUGUUUGUCUUUCCUCUGUGACUUGCUUUAUUCACUCAUAUUACAAGCACAUUUCUGUGAUGGUCUUUUGUAUGUAACAUGCAGUACAGUGGUGCCCCGCAAGAUGAAAAACUCGCUAGACAAAAGGGUUUUGCGUUUUUUGAGUCGUUCCGCAAGACUAAUUUCCCUAUGGGCUUGCUUCGCAAGACGAAACGUUUUUCUUAAAGCCGCUAAGCCGUUAAUAGCCGUGCUUCGCAAGACGAAAAAACCGCAAGACGAAGAGACUCGUGGAACGGAUUAAUUUCGUCUUGCGAGGCACCACUGUACAGGAGAGCUGCAGCAGAGCUGUAGUCUGGAUUGUACUGUUAGAGCAGAUGAGUGUAUUAUUCUCAGUCAGAAGGAGUGGAGCAUACAUCAAAGAAUUAACUUCUCUUGAAAAAGAAGACAGGGUGAAUAGGAAAACACUUUUUCCUUAAAGGAGGAUAGAAAUCUUGUUUUGGGCUCUGCCUUCCAGAGAAUGUCAGGAUGACCCUGUUGCUCCUGAGCUACUGCUUUGAAGUAGCUUACAAAAAGAGAGAAAGAAGUAGUAGUGGGGGGAAAUGUUUUGAAGAGCACUAGGCAUUACAGUGGUACCUCGGGUUACAAACGUUUCGGAUUACGUGUUUUCAGGUUGCAGACCGCAGGAAACCCAGAAGUACCGGAAAGGGUUACUUCUGGGUUUCGCCGCUCGUGCAUGCACAGAAGCGCUAAAUCACGCUUCACGCAUGCGCAGAGGUGCCAAAUCAUGUCAUGCAUGUGCGCAGACGUGGCGCUGCAGGUUACGAACGCUGCAGGUUGCAGACAUGCCUCCGUCAUGGAUUAUGUCCACAAAUGUAUCAGAGCCAUUGACACUCCACCAAGCCAAGCUAUCUCAGAAGGGGAGACCCUUCACCUCUGCUCCCAGUCAAGUCGUUCCUGUCUGAUUAGCAAGCAACAGGCCUCUGGCUCUGCUGACCUGUUACAGUGCUAAGUUUUUAAGUGAAGCAGCUUGUUUCUUUUUAGGCACCUUUUUAGGCACAUUGCAGCCAGGUUGUUGGGGGUUUUUUUGGCUAUGCUUUGACCCAAAGUCUGAAAAGAGCUUAAGGAUACAUGGUCAUUUGUGGCACAGCUUCCUGCACUCAGCUUUUCCUCCCUCCACUUGAAGCAAGAAAGCAGCUGGAGCUUGCCUCAGGCAUUUCAUUGUGUCUUGGCUAAUGUGAGGGAGAUGAUGUUUAGCAGACCUCAAUAAAACGACAUAAAUGACUUCCAAUAAAUGUCUGCAACAAGAAUAUGAUUUAAUCUGUUAAUUUCUGGUGGCUGCUUUUACUUUAAAUAAUUUUUAUAAACUUCUUAGGUCUUUAUUGAUAAUUUGUAACUAUUCUUUACAAUUAAACCAUGACUAGGGCUUGAAUGUAGUAUUAAAAAUAAUGUGGAAAGUACAGAUUGAGCAACUAUUGUUAUUGUCAGUCAUUUUGCAGACAAACAUCUGUUUAGUAUUUCACCCCAUUAUGCUUUACCACAGUGGAGUAAAUUGAGGUAAUGGUUUUAGGGGAAGUGAAAUCCAGGACAGACUCUAGAUCAGGGGUCAGCAAACUUUUUCAGCAGGGGGCCAGUCCACUGUCCCUCAGACCUUGUGGGGCGCCAGACUAUAUUUUUUUGGGUGGAAAUGAACAAAUUCCUAUGCCCCACAAAUAAGCCAGAGAUGCAUUUUAAAUAAAAGCACACAUUCUACUCAUGUAAAAACACCAGGCAGGUCCCACAAAUAAGCCAGAGAUGCAUUUUAAAUAAAAGGGCACAUUUUACUCAUGUAAAAACACACUGAUUCCUGAACCAUCCACGGGCCAGAUUUAGAAGGCAAUUGGGCCGGAUCUGGCCCCUGGGCCUUAGUUUGCCUACCAUGCUCUAGAUUAUCCUUUCUCUUUCUUGUAAUCUUUAUUUAACAGGCCAUAAUGCAAUAGCUGCAUAUCAGAUUUUGAUCUCUACGUAACGUAUCUCAACCUCUGCUUAAUAAAUUCCACCAUCUUUCUCCACAACACUAUAAUCUCUAGAUUCAACUUUGUCUAUUUUGCUAUUCUAGAAAUCUAGAUUUUGUUAUGCAUCCUGACUUUCUAAGAAAUUACGGUUCUGGCCACAAGUUGUAGCUGGGUGCUAAAUUGUAUGCUGUUGUGACUACACAAUAGAAAAGCAGGCAAAUAGUAAUCCAUGUGAUAUAAUAAAAAGGUGGAGAGCCUCCACAAUGCUGCUGCUGCCCCUACAAGUGCCCCUAUUUUCCAGGGACCAUCCUGGAUUUACAGAAGCCGUCCUGGUUUCUGAUUUGAUCCAGGAAUGUCCUGCUUUUCCUUAGGACGUCUCUAUUUUUAUAGGAGAAAUGUUGGAGGGUAUGCUGCUGGCUGCUUACCUAGAUAUCUAUAUUUGUAUUUGACUUUAUUUACUUGGGAGUUGGGAAUUUCAAAAAGGUAGUCAGCCCUGGCCUCCUUGCCCUGCUGCCAAAUUUGCUUGUUAUCUUGAAGCUUUGCCAGUGGAGCUGAGAUAUAAUAGAUAUGUGAACUCACAAUUUUAAUGCUAAAUAUUUAUUUAAACAUUUAAGUAUAGUGCUGUACUCAGGAUAUAGUGGCAAACAAAAUUUUGCCAUAUCAGACAAGUUAUAUUGGUGUUCUAAACUGUCUUUUUACUACUUCUUCCUGAUGCGGUACACUGAACUGCAUCAAGUUUUGGUCUAAAACAAAAAGGCAAAAAUUAGAGGGCACUUUUUUGUAGUAAGAUGUAAACCACUUUUUUGUCAAAGUAAUGAAUAAAACAAACCUAUCUUAAAAUAAAUCAGUAGUAACAAAGUAGUCAUAGCAACAAGGCAAAAUCAACCAAAAUCUUGCAAGAAAAUGUAUUAGUUUCUCUAAAAUCCCAGCAAGGAUGUUAUUUUUCAUAUUUGCUUAGACAGAAGUUUCCAAAGCUUUGGAAACACUUUUGCAAAGAUUCUAGUUCUAGUUGCGUCAUCCUUACUUUUUUGAAAACAGAGCGGCAAACAAUGCUGAUUAGUCAGAUCUUAUGGGGAAUAGGAGAUUUGGUUUUUCAGAUUUGUGAGUUCCACCUGUGAAAGGCUUUAAACAAUCAUUGAACUUGGAAGCAAAUUGGUAACCAAUGUAACUAGAGCAGAACAGGUUAAAUAUGGACAUGACCUUUGAUGGAAGACUUGCUACAUUUGCAUUGCUUGAAGCUUUCAAGGACAUCUCCUCUACUGGAAGUUGCAGAAAUAUGGAUUAGUGUAGCAAGUUCUGAGCUACUUGGAGUGGGGGAGAGUAUCUGUCUUAAGCAGGCCUGAAUACAACAGUAACCCAUUCACCCGCUCAGGCAACAGCACCCUAUCAUGGAUAAAACUGCUCCUCUCCAGGGCAGAAAUGCUCCCACUAAUAGAAUCUUUGUCUUGUAUGGAUUCAGUUUCAGGGCAGAGAUUGCUUCUCUGAAGAAAUAUAGACCUGGGUGUCAUCUUCUGAUGACAGUCAACCCCAAAGCUUCUGAACUUGGUAACUUCACAUUCUGUAGAUGUUAAGCAUUGGAGCUUAAGGCACCUUGGUUAGUCCCAGGUUGCUAACACUGUCCUCAGUAAUAAAACUCUUUUGUCUUACUGGGAUGCAGCCCUUCAAGCACAAGCCAAAUUUUGUAAUGGAGCUAAAAGAAAUAUUUUGGCCUACCAUAUCAAAUGUUGUUGAGAAGUCGAACAAAAUGUAUCCUCCCUAGUAGAUCAUGGUCCUCCCUAGUAGAUCAUGUAUCAAGCAGUUUCUGGCACAUUGAAAAAGCUGAAGCCAAAACACAUAACUCGGGAACGUCUGGAGUUGCUGUGUUAUCUUGUGCUCAAAUCAUUUUGAGAAAGGGAGGUUGAAAACAGGCUCUAGAUUGAUUUGACUGCCCUUAUCUUUAAAAAAAUGUUUAUUUAAGAGUAGACAAAUCAUUGCCUUCUUCAACCCCUGAGAAGUCAACCCUUUCUAAAGAAAGCAUUUUCAAUUCUGGCAAAAAAAUAAAUAAAUCACGAAAUUCUUGGGUAAGGAUCCAACUUGUACAUGCUGGCCUUCACAACCCCAGUUAUCAAAUCCACAUCUUGGAGGAGAAGUCAAACUGACCUAAGCAAUUGUUCUUCAUGCUUCUGGUAUAUAGCUCACAUCAACAGUGGAAUCAAGUUAUAUCAAACACAAGAGUAAAAUUAUGUAUUGAAAACUUUCCUGGCAGUUAGAGGAUGCAUCUAGUCCUCUAGGGAUUCCUGCCUGUUUAAGAAAUCCCAUAGCAUCUGCUGGAUAAGAUUAGAGGAGAAAGCUUUGUUUGACACAAUCAUUGCCACCUCAUAUACCUGCUGCUGGACACUCUAGUCUGUUGGAUUCAACAUGUGUAAAACAGGUCUUUCCUUUUGGGUUGCCAUCUUAAGUAUAUUAAAUUAUGAUGUUCAAAUACUCUGGUAAAUUUAAUUUUGUGCUACAUAUUUUAUUUCCUUUUAUAUCAUUAUUUUUAUUCUAUGUCUCAUGCCCUCCAAUACGAUGCCCCUCUGUUUUAUAGCUGCUAUCCCUCAAUUCUUCAUCCACUAAUCAUAAAAUAAGUCCUCUAAUUUUAAAUUGUAUGAGGCAUUAAUUGGAAAAAUAUGCUAAUAUAGUUAUAGGCUUCUGAGUACACACACUCUAAUAUUUUCCCUCUGUUCCCAACAACUGCUGUUAGCUGCCAGCUGAAAUUCAGGCCCCAAAUGACCCAAAUCUAUUUUUCUCUACACCCUCUGGUGGUCAUGAUUUGGAAGUAUGUGGAGCAACAUUUGCAGUAGAUAUUUAAGAUGUUUCCACCAUAAAGCAAAAAAAUGCGUCUUUUUCUGAUGAACAUUGAGCAUUUUCAUGAUUGUAAGCAUUAAUUCAGACAGUUUCCUGUCCAAUUGUUGAAGGCACUAGAAUGAUCCCAGGGAAAGGUUGGACCAUAUCUUCUGCCUCACCCCAUCUGCUGCAUAUCAGUUCUGCAAGUGAGGAUGUAAGUGCCCCAAGGAGCUGGACUGCAGGAAUUGCACUUCCAAACCUUGCACUCGAAACUAUCAUUUAGAAUGCCCUAUUAACACAAGCACACUCACUGUCCAGCAUCUAGAUUAGUGGAGUUUUAUACAGCUGCUUUAUAAUGCAAGCACACAGCUUUAAUACUGCAUCAUUCUUACUGGUCAGGAUCCAAAUGUAGCCUUCUGCUAACAGAAGGGAUCUUUCCAUCUACAGAAGAAAGAACCAGGGAAGAGACUACAUUUGCCAGUUUCCCCAAGCCCUUUGGAGCCCGUUUGUCAGUGUAAGGGGGUGCAUGGGGAACUGACAAAUGUUGCCUCCAGUGGUGUGCGAUCAGUAGACUAGGGGAACUGGACUAGUCCCCUAAAUGUUCCCAGUAUAUUAGAAUAUUAAAGCCUGGAGCCUUCUUCCCAAAGUCCAUGAAGCUUCUACCUGACUUAGGGAGGCGUGGUGCUCACAUGCAUGACAUCGUGCCUCCCCCAUUGCUCUCACAAGCUGACAUCUCUGGCCCUAACUGUUCCCCUAUUAAAAAUUUCACAGCACGCCACUGGUUGUCUCCCCACUGGUUGGAGCAAGGUUAGGACCCAAGCCUCUGAGUUCACUACCUUAAUUUAAUUAGAGACAAAACAGAAUGAUUAAACAGUGGGAGUGAAAGGGAAUAUUGGAAGAAUAUAUCUCUGGCCUCAGAGUACAUACAUCAGAUCUAUAAAAUAGUGUGCUUUUGUCACUGAUGUGGUUGUUGAAAUUAUGUCAGUAAGUGGGAAGGAAAUUCCUAUUGUUAGGGAAGUGAUGAAGAUGUGCUGGAUUGCAACACCUUUCAGCCCUAAUCAGUGUGGCUAGUGGUCAGGGAUGAUGGGAAUUAGCAUAGGAAGCUGCUUUAUAUUGGGUCAGGCCAUCUAGCUUAGUAUUGUCUACAUUGACUAGCAACUUCUAUCAUACAGUCUUCUGUUUUUGUAUAAUACAAAUUUUAAUAUAAUUUAACAUAAUUGAUCAAGACUGCUCAUCUAAUAUGCCUAUAAUUCCAGUUGCUGGGGAAUCACAAGUGGGGAGAGUGCUCUGGUCCUGCUUGAGGGUUUCCCACAGGCAUCUGGUUGUUCAUUGUGAGAACAACAUGCUGGAGUAGAUGGGCCAUUGGCCUGAUCCAGCAGGUUCUUCUUAGGCUGUUAGUUUGCACAACAGUACCCAGAGUUCAACUUGAAGUUUUCCUGAGGUUUUUCAAACUGGUGGUUAAACAAAAUGCUGGUUAGUAGUUUGUUUUACUUAUAAGAUUUCUUUCUGUGUUCCUUUAAAACUAGUUAUAAUUGCACUAUAUGCUAUUUUGUCAUGUAAUGAAACCUGCCAUAUUAAGUUAACUGUUCUAUUCUUAAUCUUUUCUACAGCUUGGGUUGGUUCCCUGUCCAUGGGAAUGAUCUUCUUCUGUUCUCCCAUAGUCAGUGUAUUUACCAACCUAUUUGGCUGCCGGAAAGUAGCUGUUGUUGGAGCAGCAGUGGCACUUGUUGGGCUUUUGUCAAGCUCAUUUGUAAGGUAAGAAUACACAUUCCACUGACUUUUCUGAAUGCACAUGGCCUUUGGCAGUGUAUCUUAAUUUAGACCAUUUUGGCUGACCGAAGAUAUAUGAUACCUCCUGGCAUCCUGAUCAUAUAUCCUGAAGAUACCACCACUACAUAGCUUUUAUUUGCAGACCUUACCAUAUAUUCUUUAUAGAUAGUGAGCACAUGGCAUGGUGGCUUAUGCUGCACCUCUCUUCUGACAUAGACAAGGCAGUAUUAUGUGCUACAAAAUAUUUGAAAGGCAGCCUUUUGAGUAUUAAACUGUCAUCUAUGAUAAUCAAGUAUUAAGCUCAAUAUGUCCAGGAGGAAAGCAAGAAAGUAAAGUUCAAGUGUCUACUCAAGGUUCUAUCAAACAAAAUUUAAAUGUAAGAAAUAUUCUGUGGCCUUAUGAUUUUCUAAACUGACUAAGUGGACCAGAAAUAAUUAACAUAAAAGAAUGAUAUUUGGCAUUUAUAUAGUACUUUGGAGGGUUAAAAUCAUUUCACAUAGAUUACUUCAAUAAUCUUUUAUAAGAAUGUCUAGGUUUCUUGCCUAUGGUCCUGUAGUAUGUUCAAAGCAGUAAUGAGAUUUUUAACUGGGUAUGGAGCUGUGAACCAGCCCCUUUCUUUGCUGCUCAUUCUUGCAAGACAAGAUAAUUCAUACACUGGGCUGCACAGAUAGUGCACCAAGGAAAGAGCCAGCAUAAUGGCUACCAAUGACUACUAGUUAUGAUGGCUAAAUGUUAUCUCCGGUAUUGGAGCUAGUAUGUCCCUGGAUACCAGCUGUUGGGGAAGCUGAAAGGAAGAGUGCUGUUGCACUCAUGUCUGUCAUAUGGCAUUCCCAUAGGCAUUGGGUUGGUCACUGUGGGAAACAGAAUGCUGGACUAAAUAGCUUUGGACUGAUCCACAGGGCUGUUCUUAAGCUCUUAAUAAAAUAAGAGGCAUUCAUGUUUUCCAAUGAUGGAACCCUGUAGCACCUCUUUAUUGCCAGAUAGUGUGUCUUUCCAUUGAUAAGCACCUUGUAUAUGGGAGAGAUUUCUGAUGGAGAAGACAAAAUGGAGAAGAGGUUAGUGGUGGUGUUAUGGUAUCCCUGAAAGGAAUAUUUCUUGCUUAUUUGAGCAGAUUUUUAGAAGGGAGAACAGACUUGCCUUCUAUUACCUUAUGCCACAUGCUAGGCAUAAGCAGUUUGGUUAUAUUAGUGUCUUGCUUCCCCCACUUUUUUCCCUCCCCACUAGAUUUGUGAAGAAACAUCUUAGAUGUGGCUGUCUGCUUUUCUUCUACCAAACACAACUCUGUGCUUUUUUUAUCUCUGUUUUAAUGAGUCAUAAGGUCUAGAUAAAUAUUAACCAGUAUUUAAUGCUACUUCCUCACUUAUUAAUGAUGAUGGCCUUGAAUGAGUCUGUUGUACUGGAACAUGCUCUAAAAGCUUUCAGUAAAAUUAAUAUGCAGAAAUAUACUUUUCCAACCAAAUUUAAUUAUCUUUGAAUAUUUAGUAGAGAUAAUGUAUUAUUAUUUUAAAUAACAUUGAUUUAUCCUGCACAGAGAGUUCUUGUUUCUUAAAACCUUACUAAUUAUUGAUAUACCUAUUUUUGUUAACUAAACAUAAAUAUUGGUUUCUUAUUUUUACUGAUGCCUCUCCUAUGUUUUGUAGCUAUUAUAGAACAAUGGAAAAAAGCAGGUUUAUGAUGUUUAUAAUAGUACAGUGGUACCUCAGGUUAAGUACUUAAUUCGUUCCGGAGGUCUGUACUUAACCUGAAACUGUUCUUAACCUGAAGCACCACUUUAGCUAAUGGGGCCUCCUGCUGUUGCCGCGCCGCUGGAGCCCGAUUUCUGUUCUCAUCCUGAAGCAAAGUUCUUAGCCUGAAGCACUAUUUCUGGGUUAGCGGAGUGUGUAACCUGAAGCGUAUGUAACCCGAGGUACCACUGUACAUUAAUCUUGAUAGAACACACACAUUGGAUCCAGAGAACUGUGCAACUACCGUGUACACAAGGGAGCUUGAAUUAGUUUUUGUUUUUAAAAUAGCAAUUCCCCUAUGCUUGCCACAUGACAAAUUUCAUUUGAAACUGAGGUUAUGUUAUUUUUAAAAUGUUAAUUUCCAACAGCGGAGGGACUAUUCAAAGCAAUCUGUGAAAGAACUUGAGAAUUGAACAAGGGGGGUGUCAUUGGAAGAAAAAAAAAUGUUUUUAAACAAUCCGGUCUUCAUGCCUAAGUUCAUGUGUGCACCUAAAGUUGUGCAUCAGUCACAUCUGUAUUUUUUGGCAUAAGUAUUUUUUCCACCUCCAGGAACUUAGUAAAGCAAAUAAGAGUUCAACAGCUGCAGAUGAAGUUUUUAAUAAAUUUCUCUGAUAAUCUAUUUGCUCUUCAAGGAGAAGAUAAGAUGUGGGUAGCUUGCUUUUCAGAAACAAAGCAUACAGAAUUGUGGUUUCAAUACAUAUUGUUCAGAGAGAACUCUUCCAGUUUUCCAUUACGUGUAUUAAACUAGGGAGAUAAGUCCAUUAACACAGCUUCUGUUUUAGAUCAACCAUAGCUUGUCUUGUUGUUCAAGCCUCUACAAACUUGUGCUUAUUCUUAACUAUGGCUUGCUAGUUUGCUGGAUCACAACCUACCCCACAAACCUGCAAAUCAAAUGAAGUCACAUUUGAAGACCUCCCUCAUUCUGUCACCGUGAGAUGACGUGGGCCUUAGUAGUGUCCCAGUUGCGGAACUCCAAGGAGGUUAAACUGAUACCUGUUGCCUUUUAGACAGAAAUUAAAAUGCUAUUGUACUGCCAGAUUCUUAGUAUAUAUUAAUCUUCCUAACUAUCAUUUUACUUCAACUCUUAAUGCUAUCUUGUUUUUAUGUGCAUUUAGUGUUUACUGUUUUAAACAAGCUUGGGAUCCCUUCUUAGGGACAGAAGGUAGCAUAAAGUGUUUUUAUAAGGAAAAAUAAAAGAAAUAUGCAGAACAUAACUGUUAACUUUUUCUGUUUUAUUGUAGCUCACUUGGACCUCUAUACUUCACUUAUGGAAUCUUAUUUGGCUGUGGUUGCUCAUUUACCUAUCAGCCAUCCCUGGUCAUUUUGGGGCAUUAUUUCAAGAAGCGCCUGGGACUGGUGAAUGGCAUUGUCACUGCUGGCAGCAGCUUGUUUACUGUAACACUGCCCUUUCUUUUAACUGUACUGAUUGACUCAGUUGGCUUAUACAACACUUUCCGGAUCCUGUGCAUUUUUGUGUUCGUUCUCUUCCUGGCUGGUUUUACUUACAAACCUCUCAUUCCCAGUGCCAAAGAAAAUGGGGAAAAGAGCAAGUCCACAUUUCCUCCUGCAAAAAAUAUUUUUAAUUUUUCCAUUUUUAAAAUUAAGAGUUAUCUAAUCUGGGCUAUUGGGAUCCCAGCUGCCUUAUUUGGAUACUUCAUACCUUAUGUGCACCUAGUAAGUAAACUUAUUUCUCUCUCUCAUAUAGAUAGAUAGAUAUGUUAUUCUAAAGGAAUAUAAGAAAUAGAUACAUUUUAAGUCCAAAUGAAGACGAUCCCAGGAACAAAUAUUUAAAUCCUAUAUAACCUUGAACAGGAAUAUGUAAAUAUAAACUGCAGUUAAUCUAUGUAUGAUUAAAACAGAAUUCUUCUGGUAUAGAAGACCUGGUUAUUUUAACUUAGUAGUUCUUUGUCUGGCUCUUAGCAGAAUCUAUUAUAAUUGAGUACAUUCUGUCAUGCCUCCUGUUGUUUUCAACCAAACAAUUGUUUUAUUCAAGGCUUUGUGAAACUUUUAGAUAAAUCAUACAGCAAUUUCCAGAGGGGUAGCUGUGUUAGUCUUUUGCAGUUUAUAUAUUUAGCUCUAGGCUCUACAACUUGCAGAAGUUAUGAGCCUUCUCUUUAGCAAUUUUUUGUUUAUUUAAAAGGCUAUGCAUCCUCUUCAUUUUAUACACGUUUUAUUAAAUUUGGUCAUUUUUAUAUUGAUUUAAUAAGCCAAGUGAUACACAGUUGCUUUGCAUCUGUAUGCAACCCCUUUGUACAAGUCAUGAUUAAGUAAAGAAGUCUCUUAUUAAUCAUAGUUUCCUGUUUCAUCGGAAUUGGGGAACAAUUGUUAUCAGCUUUGGAACAAGGUGCCUGUGAGAAAGUCCUAUUAAAUUCAGUGAAGUGUGCUCAGUUAGGUGGGUUUAGAAUUGCAGACUAAAUCUGGAGGAUAGCUCCCAAUAUUUGGGCAGGAAGGAUGGAUCUGCUUUUGUGUGUCCAGUCCUUAGCACAAAGGCUAUGAGACAAAUAAGUCAUUCAUACACACACACACAAUAUUCCUGGGUCAUUACUUAAAAUAUUAACUCUGAUUUCAUUUGAAAAUUACUUUUUGUAAAACCCUAGCAAGAAAUAUAAAUCGUUUUUAUGGAAUCGGUUAUAUUUGAAGAGUUUACAAUCCCCAAAAAGCACAUUUAAAGUAUUUUCUGUCCCUUCCUUUGUUUCUGGUAAGUGCUGGGAGAAUGCAUCCCUUUGUUGUUCGGUAUUAUGAUUGCCAAUAUUGUGGUACUUAAUCUAUUGAAGAAGCAUGUGAAGCCUAUGGGGUAAGGUUUUUGUAUGUAAAACUUAGGACAGAUAGUGAGAGAAUUUACGUUGUUCUUGCUUUUCUGCAUCACAACAGAACUGGCAGCAUGUAGAUGCAUCUACAACUCAAUGUGUUGAGUUCUACUGCAUUCCCCCUUCUCUCUCUUACCCCGUUUUCCUCCCCUCCUCCCAUUUUUUCAUCUAUUCUGUCUGGUUUAUUUCUUACUAAUAACUGGCUGCUUGUUCUAGUAGCCUUCUCCCUUUCUCUGUUCCGCCCCAUGGGUGUUCUAACAUGGGGAAAUGAAGGUGUGUUGGGCCAAGUUGUUUGCUACAAAUUGGAAAAAAAUAAAAUCUUAGGAAGCAGUGACAAAACCAACAUGGGGAGCAUGAGACCCAAACUCUAUUCUCAAUAGACAGAGCACAUUGAAGUGUGUUUUUCAGACUCCAAUCCAUUGGCAGAAGGAAGCAUUCAUGUACAGGUGUUCAGUACACUUAGAAAAAACCCCAAGCAGAAGUCUACUUCAGAUUUUACUGCAGUAUGAUGUGAUAUUUUGAACGUUUGCUUACAUUGAUGCUUAAAUAAUUUACAAUGUCUUUGUUUCCUCCUUUGCAAAUUUAUGUCUUUGGUGUUGACUUGAUAUAUAAUACAAUGCAAUGUCUUGUAAACUGGAUAAAUCAUUUGAGCUGGCAGCUGUGGCUUCUUUAGAGAAUAUCCUUGCUCAUUUUUGAAGUAUUGAAAUUGUUUGUGGUAGGGAUCUCUGUUUCUGAAUAAGUGCAACUUCAAUUUUGUGAAUUUCAUAGGUUUGCAUCUAGCGUUUGAUAAAAAAGGGUGCUAGAUAAACCUAAGGGGACCUCUUGGUUUCAGUGUUUGUCCUACCUUCUGUAUAUCUCAUAUUUCCUGCAUUGUCUUUUUUUUUUUUUUUUUUUGUAAAUGGGUAUGCUUUGGGUAUUGAUCAAGACUUUUUAUAUAUCCACGUAUCUUUUCUAAAAUUGAAUUUGUACUAGGAAAUAGAAAUGAGGUCAGCCUGCUCAUGAGGUGCAUUGAAGGCCUAACUCAGGCAAGAAAUAGUAGUUCCGAAUAGAUUGCCUUGUGCCCUAACUACUGAUGAUUGGUGGCAUCAGGGGAAACAGCUCCAGGAUGCUGCAAGGCAAGUGCAAUGUGUGCAGACACCCUGUGACUGUGCCGUGACAUCUCCAUAUUGGUGAUGCUCUUGAGCAGGCACAGGCAAACUCUGGCCCUCCAGAUGUUUGGGACUACAAUUCCCAUCAUCCCUGACCACUGGUCCUGUUAGCUAGGGAUAAUGGGAAUUGUAGUCCCAAACAUCUGGAGGGCCAGAGUUUGCCUAUGCCUGCUCAAGAGCAAUGACUAGGAAGCCUGCUCACAGUGGACAUCUGCUAUCAAUUUGGAGCUGAAAGACAACCUGAUAAUAGACAGAGGUAGCUAGCUUGUUCAGCUAGGGCUGUGAAUAAGGCUACUCCAUUGAAAAACACCAGUAGCAUUAUGUAUAAUGAUGAAAACUCAUACCUGAAACAUUGCUAACGUUGCUUGUCUAACCCCAUCUUAACCUUCAGUGUCUGGAUUCUCAACAAGUUGUCAUUAAUGAACUAUUGACCCCCCCCCCCAAAAAAAACAACAACCUUCAGACUAAAUUCCUGAAGUUCAACUUUAGAUUGCUUGGAAAAGAUUAUAAAACAAUUUACUUGCCUUUGGAUUUACCUCUGCUGUGUCUGCCCCUGCCCAGUGCCUAAGUUUAAAAUUGGAGGACUGUAGCAACUUUGGUAUGUGCUUUAGAGGGCUGCUGGAGCUGGAGAACAAUCAGAGAAAAGUAGAGAACCCCUGCCCCUGUAAACACACAUACCUUCCAAUUGCCAGAGAGGCCCUUUGGAUCCAGCCUUAAAUAAUACUUGGCAAUAUAUUUUUUAAAAAAGGAAGAAUGACUUUGUGGAUAUUUUACCCAAAAUGCAGAGCACUGUGAUCUUCAAAACAAGUGUCUAGGGCACAACCCAGUCUUGGCAAGCAUAGGUUCCAAAUUCUGUAUGAAUUUAUGAAUUAACUCCUAAUUUACUUUUACUGAAUUAAGCAUUUACUGAGCAUUUUGCAUAAUUGUCUCGAUAAUAACUAGCUGCUUUAAAACAGUAUUUUCUAUGUCUGUAUAAAAAUAAGUUUGAUUAUCUUUUUAGAUAUUCUCAAGUAUGACUGUUAAAUAUAAUAUUUAUUCCCACUAUCCUCCUCUUGUGUACUUUCCCCUCUUUCUUUCUGUUUCUUCUUCAUCCAUGCCACCUUCUACACAUUUUUUCCUAUCCAAAGUUAAUAUGGUACCUGUGUAUUACAGUGCCAUCUUGAUUUUUAGCUGGACAUUUUCUAAGGCACCAGAUCUUCAGUGGCUCCUGUGUGCUGUACUUGCUUUUCUAAUCUUUACAUUUAUCUUCCUUCAGAUCUCAACUUCUGCUGCAAUUUGACUGCCCAGGUUAGUGAAUUUCCCCCCCUUUAUACUGCAUUUCUUACUAUGCAUUUCUUAUCUCUUCUUUGCACUUGUCAAUAAUGACCUGGCAGUCUAGCCCCUUUACUUCCAUCUGAAAGUGAUACAUUAUAGAUGUUCAUUUUAAAAAUGUCAGGAAACUAUUUUCCCCUCCACAGAACAGUACUCUCUUUAACAGUGCUCUGCCGUGUUUGCACCAGGCCAAACUGGUGAUUGUUCAUCAUAAUUAUCAGUGACUACUUAUCGGUGCUAUUUUUGUUGGCAUAUAGAAAUAUUCUUCUCUUGAAACUUCUAUAAAAUAUUGGAAGAGGGAAAGGGCAGAAGAGCAAAAGGAAUGUGAGGCAUGAAUGUUAAAUGCAACGAGGCAGUAGACAUAUAAAAUGUUGGCUGACAUCAAAUAUUAUUUCUCAUGAUAGAUCAUUUUACUUCCCUGUUCCAGGGAUUUAGAGCAAGAAUAAUAAUAAUAAUAAUAAUAUUUAUUUUCAUCAGCCACUAGCCAAAGCCAUAGCAAUAAAAUUAAAUAAAAUAAAAUGUACUGGAGAUAGAGGUAAAAACUUAACUAUACAAAAUACAUUCUGGAAGUUUACAUCAAUAAUCAAAUAAUAGAACUUAUUCGAAUUGCCCCUGCUAAUUUUUUUGCAGUUUUUGCUGUCACCUGAUUAUCUUGAUCUGCUAGAAGAAAGGACACAGUAGCAAUGGUUGAGGGACCUGGUAUGAAUAGUAGUAGAGGGGUAAUAACCUCAUUCCUCAAAUCUUUAUAAAGAAUUCAAGUUAGAAACACAUGAGCUACUGAUUCAAUACUGCCAUCUCUACAUGGACAUAACUCUUUUUCCAGCGGAAUUUUUUGAAAUCAACCCUCAAGUACAGCUGAAGGAAGUAUAUUUAAUCUUGUGUAAGUGAAAGCUCAUCUGUAUUUUGGAAUUGUUAAAUUUUGCAAAUAGGGUGCCAACGUGUCAAAAUGACUAGGUGGGAAAUAAUCAUACCAUGGACAAAAUUUCUUUAUCAUGGCCAAAUCAUUCUGUCGCUCAAUAUCAUAUAGGCACCAUCUAAUAAAAUUAUUUGCUUUACUGAAACUCAGUGUUAAUAACUGUUGUGGUGAUAAACGAGAAAAGUAAAGCUUUUGGUUGACAAUUUUAGUCUAAGUGCUCUCAUGACAAUUUUGCGAUACUAAGGGUAGUAGACUGGUGGGGUUUAAAUUCAGCUGAAGCCAAUAACUGAAUGUCCUACACCAAAUUUGUAAUUCAACAGAGGGGAAAUUAGGCUCCAAGUGCAAUGAAGCAUUUGGAACACAGGAUGAAACAGAAAAAAAAAUGCCUUAGGAACUUAGAUUGAACAGCUUCUGUAGAUACAAGGUGAGCUCCUGUCCAAAGCUGAGCUCCAUAUAAAUAACUGUGCUAGAAGUUUAGCUUGAAACACUUUUAAUUGCUGAUGGUAUGUGAUUGCCACCUUUUGUAUGCACUUUGAGACACGUUUUUCUUUGCAUAUUUAUGAUGUGCUCCCCAUGACUCUGUUGACUGAAAAAUAAGGCUGAGGUAUUUUAAGACUUUAACUUGUUCGAUCAACUGAUUAUCCAUAUACUCUAAACUUGUGGCUUAGAGCAAGUUACAGCAAGUUAAUCCAAACUGGUUAGGGAUUUAAUUUUUAAAGCACAAUCCUAUGCAUGUAUGCUCAGAAGUAUGCCCCAGUGAGUUCAGUAGGACUUACUGCAAGUUAACUGUAUAUGAUCACAGCCUGAAUCCCCCAUGGCCAUACCCAGUUCAUCAUCCAUUGUAUUACUUUCCACAUGAAUCUAUGUUAUAAUCAAAUUACUCAUUCUCUUGAGGCUGUGAUCCUUAAUGUGAAUCCACAUGUAGCAUGUAUAUAAGCUUAAUGACAGUGCAGUGAGCUUCACAAAUGCGAUGAAGUUUCUGACCCCUUUCCACCCAAAUGGAAGCUGAAACUAUGCUACCGUAUUGGCCCGAAUAUAAGCUGUACCUUUACAAUUGGAGGGGGGGAAGAAAAAAAGAAAAAAUACUGGAAUAUAAACCGCUCUAUUCCUCACUGCCCCUGGCUGCAUACUAGACCGGGGGCGGGGGAGCUGCACUUGGUUGCCGGUGGCCUCACAGAGUGAUAUAAUAGCUUUGAUGUCACUCUGUGCAAAACAUUAAAAUAGUGCUGCUUUUACAAUGUUUAUUUAUGAGCCUCUUUUGUUAUCUAAUACCAAAAUUAGUGCAAAGGACCAAUGAAUGGUAUUAACCUUAGGGUUAUUGAAAAGGCUGAGUACACACACUUCCAAAGUCGUCAUUCAUUUAUAUUUAAUAAUUUCUGUAUUGCAUUUCAAGAGUAAAAUUCUUCCCAACGCAGUUCACAUAACCUGCAACAAUAAAAUAGAGUAAAUAACAUUUAAAAGCAUUUCAAGAAAAUAAUCCUAUAUUAUUAAAAUAAGAAAUCUAGCAUGGUGCAAGGCAAUUAGAUUCCCAGUCAUUGUUAGUUUUUGUAAGACUAGAUAAAUAGAUCUUGAAAAUAUCCAGGGAUGGGGCCAAAUAUCUAAUGGGAUAGUAUUCCACAAUUGUGCAUCCACUGCUAAAAAAACUCUGGCCCGUGUGCUUGGCAAACUAAUUUACUUUGCUUGUGGGGAUCUCAACAGAACAUCCUCUUAAGGCACAGGCAAACUUGUAUUGGUAUAGUCAAUCCUUUUAAGUUACCUGAUCCCAAACUGUUCAGGGCUUUAAAGGUCAUGACCAGCACUUUAAACUGGGCCUGGAAACACACUGGCAAUCAGUGCAACUAUACAAUAUUUGUAUAAUGGGUAGCAUUCAAUGCACUUGUUCCAUUAACACAAGGAUUUAUAUUUGUACCACAGAACUUUCUCUCCCUCCCUCCAAUUGGGAUAACCCCUUAAACAGAUUUAGGGGUUCUGCAGGUAAGCAGGGAGUUCCACUGCAUAUGCAUGAAUCCUGCUGACAGAACGAGUUACUAGUGCUACAUUGAAUGCAACUCAAUAUGCUGCUUACCUGGUUCUAGCCUGGAGUUGUGGCCACAUUUUUUACUAGUUGAGGUUUCCAAACAGUCUUUAAAGGUAGCCCAACAUAUUGUAUUAUAGAAUGUAUUAUAGUGUUUUAUAUAAUACACAGAGUAUAUUACAGUGGCCAAUUUGGGAUGUCAGUAGCGCAUGGAUAACUGUGACAAUCCCCAUUCUCUUUAGUUUGUCACAGCCGUCAGAUCAGCCUAAGCUGAUGAAAGGUACUUCUGGCCACAGCAGCCACCUGAGCUUCCCCAAGUCAUGCUGAGUCCAAGAGUAUAACCAAGUAUUUUAGGAGGUGUGCAACACAGCCCAAGACCGGUUGUAAUCCUCUAUCCAGAAUAGUCUCUUUCCUUACCCACAAUACUUCAAUUUUAGAUGGAUUAAGUUCCACCUUGUUCACCUUUAUUCUGUCCAAUCUAGCUAUCAGCCAUCGGUUCAGUACUUCAGAAACCUGCCUACAGGCUAGCUCAAUACAUUUUGCUGCCAAAGGCAAAGGAAAAGAUGGUGCCCUCCCCAAGGCACAUGCAGAGGCAAAGGUGGAUUUAGGGAUUCUAGGUGUGGAGCCUGUGGGGGUUUGUGCACCAUAUUUUGGUGUUGCACAGGGCAUUAUUGAAAUUUGAGACCCCAAGGAUUGCCACUGGCAGAAGCCAAUUUGACUGGUAGUUGAAUCUUACUCCAAUACUGGUAAGAGGACAGUAUCUUCCACCACAGAUGAGGGCAGCAGGCUAGCACAGGGGGUACAGGGCAGGCCACAUGGCACACACAGCUCUGCCCCCUCCCACACCUCAGCAUCUCCCCCCUGAGGCAGCUGUAUCACUCAGCCUCAUAGGGUUGGCCUUGCCUGCCUGGGAUUAGCCGCUGGAAAAGAGAAAUAGAGCUGUGUGUCAUCUACAUAUUUAUGAUUCUUCAGUCUAAAGCUCUAGAUUAUUUCUCCCUGCAUUUUCAUGUAGAAGUUAAACAGCAUAUGUGACAUUGUGGAAUCUUGAGUCACCGGAAAGGCUAAGGGGUGGAACAGAAGUCCCUCAGCAUGUUUAAUUAAAUGUAGGAUUUAUAACCACAGCAGUUUUAUUUCUGGCUAUUAGUACACAAUUUUAUUACACUCUUGAACUCCCCAGAAAUAUAAGCUAUGAGUAGGGGCAUGAAGAGUAUAUAUUCCUUAAGUUAAUGUACUUUGAAAGUCUUGAGUUCAGCAUUCAAAAGUAGCUAAUUUUGAAUGGAACAGAAAUGGGCAAGUUGACAUGUACCUGGUGUUUGAUAUUACAGUGUGUGUGUGUGUGUGUGUGUGUGUGUGUAGCCACCUUAUUUUCUCAUUAAACAGCAUUAUAAAGAACAUUAGAAACUGCCUUAUACUGAGUCAGUUCAUCUGUCUUGGUAUUGUUUACUCCAGGUAUAGGGAAUUUGUAGCCUUUCAGAUGUUGGAUUAUAAAUCCUAUCAUCCAUUGGCCAUGCUGGCAGGACCUGAUGGGAACAAUAUCUGGAGGGCCAGAGGUUUCUUAUUUCUGGUCUAUACUUCCUGGCAUUAGCUCAUCAAUUUCAGACAGAAAUUUUCCCAAUCCAACCUGGGACAUUUCAUGCAAAGCAUAUAGUCUGGGCUGGAUUAAGACCUUUAGAGGCCCUAAGCACUUAAAAGAUUUUGGUGUCAUAUAUAUAUAUAAAUAUAAACAAUAAUAAUAAAAAUUAUUUUUUGAAAUGAAACAAAACCUACAGAAAAUUGAAAAAUAAUGUUUAUUUUUGUAUAUUUUUAUAAAUAAUGCUUUGUUGUUGUUCAGCCGUGCCAUAUGGUCCAUGGUAAAUUUGGCAAAGUUCUGGUGCCCUCUAUUUCCUACUGUUGAUAAGGGAGCAGUAUUAAUUGUGUUAGUUUUCACUCUCUAACUGACUGAGUAUAUACUUCUAGAAGACUAAAUAAGUGGAGUUCUAAUUGCUGCAAAUUAUCACCAGUGGUGACUGGAAGCGAGAGACUGGCACACACCAGCUAAUAGUAUAAAAAUCAGUUGCAUUUAAGAUGUAUAGAGUACUGUUACCUUUAUAAAUGAUUCAUUUGCAUGAUAACAGUUAAAACAAAUAGUGUCUUUAGUGCUUUUCUGUGUGUACAUUUCUUGCAGAUGUUAACAUUAGUGGUAAAUCACUGACUUUAGAAGUACUGUCAAAAACCAUUGUACAUACAGAACCACAAUGAUCCAAGUUUGGGUAGUUAAUAGGAUAUAACCAAGCUUCUCCCAGACUCCUGUGUGUAGUCUUAAGUGGGUCUUAGCAAUAAUAAUAAUAAUAAUAAUAAUAAUAAUAAUAAUAAUAAUGUGAUGUUAUUUUCUUCUGUUGGUUGUGGGGUGACUCUGGUACAAGAUUUAUGAUAUGGGUGAAGUUAAGUCUUUUUGAAGUGCCACUUGCUUCCUUUUGGAAUUUAAAAGCAGGAUCAGUUAGCCUUACUAGUACCCUUUCUUUGGUCUAGAGUGAGUGUACUAGGUAACAAACUGUCAUUUUUCCUUCAGAGUUUCUCCAGAUGUUGCUGAACUACAACUCCCAUAAUCUCUGGCUAGUGACCAUGCUUGUUGGGGCUGAUGGAAAUUGUAGUUCAACAACAUCUGGAGGGUCAUAGGUUCCUCACAUCUGAUUUACUUAAUCCCUCUUCCAAAGACUUUAGAGUGAUAUAUAUAGCUCUUCCCCUUAUUAUUCCUUUCAACAAUUCUGUGAGAGGCAAUGAACAAUUGGCUUGAUGGGCAAACAGAGAUCUAGACCAGUAUUGUAACCUAAGCCACAAAUUCUUAAACUGUUUUAGUUUAGCAUUCCUGAGCACACUUUCAUGGAAUAAACUCCUACUAAAAAUAAAUUGGAUGCACUUGCAAAUAGAGAAGUUUAUUAUCAUUAUGCAAAAGGGUGAAGUAAACAGCACAUCUGAAGAUAACUGAGGCUUGUCAGCACUGGCUAUGCUUAAAUUGCAGCUAUGUGUUCUGUACCUUGCACCAGAUAAUUUCUUUUAUAAACAGCAGUGGUGAAGGAAGACACUAAUUCUCUGGAACUUUAAUUCUCUAAUAAAGGCAUUUUGCCUUGUGGGGGGAAAAGAGUGGAAAGAACAUGCUUUUGUUUAAUGGGUUAAGUACCAAAAAGUGUAUACCCAUAAGUAAAAAGGACUAAACAAAUAGUUUUCACACUUCUCUUCAUUAGGAGUUCUGCUUUAUAAUGCCAUUAUAAAAUACAGUGUGUCGCAUACUUCACAAACUUAGUAGAAUCAGAAGAUUUAGGCUUUUACAUUCAGUUUUUGUUUUUUUGUUUACAACUGUCUAAGGAAAUUACAUUUUUUAUUUUAAAACCUAGUUCAUAUCAGUGCAAUGUUUCUUGACCAACCUAUAAAUUGGUUUUGUGGGUGGGGUAAUGAGAGUGUGGUUGUAUUAUUCUGUUGGCUUUAAAUGUGCUGUGACUCAUCUGAACUCUUCAUAAGCUAAUGGUCAUACAUUCUGUAUUAUUCUUCCAUCUUUAAUAUUUUUUCCUUCAACAACGUAUCUUUAUUUAUUUCUUAAACCAUUUCUCAUUGUGUGAAAGAAUAGUAUCUGGUCACUCUUUCCCCCUUAUUUUUUUCUUGAUAACACUUGGGAAAUCUUAGAUCUUUAUUUUCUACAUUUUCUACAUAUUUUUCUUUGUACACAUUUAUAGUUCUUUUAGUUCUUUGUCUUUGGGUGGGAUCUGAUUAUUUCAUACUCGGAGUAGACCCUUUGACACGAACUUUCCCCGCAAUGAAUUUUUAUUGAUUUUCCAGUAAUUACCAUAACACAGCAUAACAACAACUUUAAAUUAUCCAGUAUUACAGUCUAUGAGUCUUCAUAUGCCAUCACAUUGCCAACUAUCAGCUCUGAUAGUACUUAUUGCCUGUAAACUGGCAGACCUCAUAUUUUGCCAGUUUACAGAUAAUGAUCCACAGUUACAUGUGGCUUGAUGGACGGCAGUCUAGAAAUAUAACAGCAGACCACAACUUCCUCUGUUUCCAGUUGUCUGUAUUUUUGUCAUGUUAAUCUCUUUCAGAAGUAACCAAUUGACCUUUCAGGCAACUUUAAAAAUAUGACUGAGAGCAUCAUGAAGAAAAAUCCGUUUUAUGAUUAGGAAAGGUAGAUUUUCUUGUUGAAUUCAUGCCAUCUUUUUGUUUUUGAACAGUUGCACCAUGUGAAGGAACGUAUUGGUGAACAUGUUCCAGAUGAGACACUUCUGCUUUGCCUUGGCAUUACUUCAGGAGUUGGUCGAUUGAUCUUUGGCAGAAUUGCAGACUAUAUUCCGGGUGCAAGAAAGGUUUAUCUACAGGUACACCAAAUACAUAACAACCCUGAUAAGAUUAGAAAUUGUAAUUGUUUUUAGAUUGCAGCUGAUACUAUGUAAUAUUUAUAUUGUACUUUGUAAUUUUGUUUUGUGAUUUAUUUUUAUCUUAUGUAUUUUAUAUACAGUACUCCACCAGUAAUUGGCUCUAAACAAAUGGGCACCACUUAAUGGUAGGGGCUAAAUGUGUGGCUUGGACCCAUGUAGUCAGGACCAACCAGCUAUGAUCCGGUGCAGGGCAUGCUGAGGUCUGCCUUUGUGAAAAAUCUUAUCAGACAGGAAGCCUGUUGGAUCAGAGGGAGACUAACAGGAUGGAACAAUAGUUUCUCUUGAAGUUUGGCUCCCACAGAGAACUUAAAUCAAAAUGCAAAGAAGGAUAUCUUUAUGUUCAAGACUCAGCAGGGCUACUUGCUGGAGAUGGUAUCCAAGUAAAUCCUUUUGUUCUGUCUAUCAGGGUCUAAGUAAAUAUUUCCUCACCUGUAUGAUUAGGAAGGGGUGCAUAUGAGUGAUUCACAGGACUUUGCAGAUAUCAGGAAGGGAAGCUAACUGCAUUCUUCUUUGAAGUUUCAAUGUUAGGAAACGACAAGUCUGAGCAGAGAGAGAUUAACUCCAGUGUGAUUGACUCUGCUUAAUAGAAAUAUUGAAAUUCAAUAUCCUAAUAUUAGCACAACACAGAAUUUUGAAUCUGGUCUUUUAAGCAUAUAUUUGAGAGAAGGUACUAUUGAAACACAUUGAAUUGGCCAGUAAGUUGUUAGUGAUUUAAAAAUUGCACAUGAAACCUUUCACCAUACUUGGCCUGACAGAUUACCAAGCUUGCAAGAUUAUACCAUGGAUUGAAUGUUGAAAUUGGUCUGGCGUGUGUGAGUUCAGUGAUGAUGAUGAUGAUUAUAAUCCUUCCAUGCUUUGUGAAUGCUGUUACAGUAAACAUGCACUAUAUCUAGUCCCCAGCAGAGUGAAGUAAAUUCUAGAGAGGAUUGCCUUGAUACAAGGUUCAGUUUCACUGUUGUUGUUUUCCCUUAUUAAAUAAGACUUAUUUAAAAACAUUUGCUCUAGUACUAGAGAUGGGAAGUACACAACUGGCCAAAAAAAAAAAUUCUCCUCACUCCAAAAGUUUAUAAAUUGGCAGGUCACUGCUGCAGAUGAGAGGUGUUUAGUUGUUGCUGAUUGCUACUUUUUCUGGUUUAUUCGUAAAUAACUACAUGGACAUGGCCACACUUGUGAUAGGGUGGUGUACAUGUUGGGAAGAGUCUCAGAAAAUGUUCCGUAGGUGCCCAUGGCAUGCAAAUAGCCUCUCCAAAUGGUGGGGAAAUGCAAUAUCCUUGCAAUUAUUUUGUUCUAAGAAAUUAUUUCUUUAAAAUAUUUUUUGUAUCAAAUGCAAAAUCAUUAUCCAAGGCAGUUUACAAAAUGAAAUGAAAACUAUUACAUAAAACAAUUAUUAUAAAUUAUAGAAAUUACAAUUAACGCAAAGAGCAUUCCAAAUGAAAAUGAAUGGAAAAUAAAUGGAAGUGCUCCCUUUAUUGCAAGGUUUCAAAAACCUUUCCCCGAAUAAAUGUAGUUUUAAUUGCUUAACCACAACAAAAUCUGGAAUGGCUUCAUAAUAUUUAGUACCCUGAAACCUGCCCCUUUAUUCUGAUUUUACAAUUACACUUUCCUUUACCAAUAUGUAGGUGAUAUCAUUUUUCUUCAUUGGCCUGAUGUCUAUGAUGAUUCCAUUAUGUGACUCCUUUGGAAGUCUCAUUGCUGUCUGCCUCUUCAUGGGUCUUUUUGAUGGCUGCUUCAUUAGCAUUAUGGCACCAAUUGCCUUUGAGCUAGUUGGUGCACAGUAUGUUUCUCAGGCAAUUGGAUUCCUCUUGGGCUUCAUGUCUGUUCCAAUGAUAGUUGGUCCACCUGUUGCAGGUAGGCAGAAUUUUUUUGUUUCUAAUCUGUGUAGGAAGCAUGUGAAAGUAGUAAUUGCUUUCAAAGUGUAGAAUUGUGUGUGGUUUUUUUCUUUGUUUGUAUAAUUGUGUAACUUUCUCAAGAGAUUUCAGAUCAGUACUAUUUUUUCCAUUAACAAUGUUGCUUCUUAUAACAUACUGAAGUUGAGGUCUGCAUGUGUUGUAUUCAGGUCUGUUACUUUGUCACAGAAUACUGAAUACUAUUUUCUUUUUCCUCAGGAAUACUUAAAGAUCACCUGGGUACUUAUGAUGUAGCAUUCUACCUAGCAGGAGUUCCCCCAAUGAUCGGAGGAGCUGUAUUGUGUUUCAUCCCAUGGGUGCAUGAAAAGAAGAAACCCAAAGAAAAAGCUAGUCCUAUGGAUGGGAAAACUAUGGAGAAAAUGCUGGAAAUCAAAAGCACCUCAGAGCCAGACUCAUAUGAAAAACCCAGAAAAGAAUCAGAGUCCGUUAUUUAAUGGCCGAUAUUUUUCUUACCAGAUUGAAUUUAUUUUUAUAAGAACUAGGUUAGCUUUCUGUUUAUGAAUUGAAUGUACCGUAUGAUUGUACUUCAAAAGCAAAGCCACAAUGAGAGCUAUCAAAGUAGUAAAGGUUAAAACAAAAUGGUUAAUAGCUAAAAAUGCCUUUCACCCAUUUUUAUAUAGUCUCAAAACACACUUCCACAUACUACAUGGAGCUUUUUGUCAUCAGAAUACAUGCUAGUGAGGGCGUGUGUCAGGAGAAUUUAAAACAAACACAUAUGACUGCAUUUCUGGAACUCAAGAAAUGUCUCCCUUCUACUAACUAAUCCUUUCAUAAUGCAUCCAGCAACUUCAUGAUUCACCUAAUGGUGGAAUGGCAUGCAUCUGGAAUUAUUAGUAACAUCCUAAUGUUCUUAAAGCUACUAUUUUUAAUCUUUAAAAAGAUCUGUGGGGUUUGCAAUGUGGAUUCACAGCUUUUUAGAUCCUCUUAAAAAAAUCUAUGCAGAUUUUGGCAUGCCUAAGACCACUGAUUUCAGUGGGUUUAAGAAUGUCUAAUGCUGUGUAAGAUUGCAGCUUUAGCUUUUAAUCCCCAGGAAACCAUUGCAGUAAACUAUGAAAAUGUAUUUUCAUAAUGCAAUAGUGACAAUUUAACUUUUGCUUAACUCUGCAGUGGAAUCCUUCUUGCAUUUCUUCAUUUAUUUGCUUCAUGUAUUUUAAAGGUGGGUGGCAUCAUGGUAACCUUAUAACUCUUUAUUUCUUAAAUAAUUUAAACUGCUGAGCUAGUGAUAAGCUAAUUAUUCAUGUGUACGUGAAAAACACGGUUCUUACAUCAUCUUUCUUAAUAGGUUACUAGUAAUUAUAAAAUCACAUAUACUGAAUGAAAUCCAACAGGUUUUGCUCUGCUGCUGGAAGCCAUCCAUCAGUAGAAUGGGUAGGGGGUCAAUUUAUUUUAUUUAUUUAUUAAAUUUGUAUACUGCCCUAUACUGGAUGGCAGUUCACAACAUAAAAUUACAAUAUAAAAAACACAAAAUACAUGAUAAAAAUAUAAACAGAAACAAACCAAUAAUCCUCCCUUCCACUACACAUUUAAAAGGGCAUUGAAUGUCAUUCAGCCAGAGGCCUGGUUGAAGAGGAAUGUUUUCACCUGGUGCCCAAAGGUGUAUAAUGAAGGUGCCUUCCUGGGGAGAGCAUUCCACAAACGGGGAGCAGUAUAUGGCAAUUCCUUCUUUGUAAUUCAGCACUCAAUAAUCUUUUCUUGGGGCAUCCUCCAGAGCAAAUCUGGCCAGGAUGCAAGGGGAAGAAAAAUUGCCAGAUUUUGGCGAGGGGAUUCAGGGGUAGUUGCCAAAAAAAUUCCCUACCUCAGAUUUGAUAGGUACAUUUCAUUAGUGCAGCGACACCCAUUGGAUUCCAUCCUAUAUUAUAUAGUGUAGUGAGGCAACUGUUUACCAUCAGAUUUGUCUAUUUUCAUUAUUUAACCCAAAGUGUAGUAAUACUGCUUGUGAUUUCUUUUGAUGGAUCAGUUCAAAUCAAGGGGCAUACUUAAGAUUUCACUAACAUUCUGGUUUCAAUCCUACUAUGCAUCUGAUUCCUUCUGUUGCAGUAUCAAGAGAUAUACAAAGCAACAUAGCCCAUAUAUGGAGGCAAGAUUCUGCUUCUCUUUGGUACUUAACAACAGGUAUGAGAAGAAAGUAAUGAAAUCAAGAUGGAUGGGGAGACCCUUUACUCCUCCAAGUUUCAAACCACAAGCUGUACCUUUCUGAAUGUCCCAAAAACCUCUGACACCUUGCAUUUGCCUUCUGUGGUCUAUAUACCCGCUUUCUUUCAAAAUAUAUACCCCAGUGGGGUAGAAACACCAGCCUUUGGAUCCGAAACAGAGCUUCAGUCUCUAGUUGCAUGGUCUCUAAAAGACAUUCUGCCAAAAUAAUUUCAUUCUCUUUCUAGCUCCUUAAAGAUCAGGGCUAAAAAUUGGUGUUCCUUGCUCACUAUGGGAUCAUGGAAAAACUAUGGAGUAGAAACAAUAGGAAACUGCCCUCAACUACUUCUUCCAAGGAGAUUUGGAGAUUGGAUUAGAUUCACAGUGUCCAUGUGAGGUCUUGGGAGGACCUAAGAGGCUUGUAGAAGGGGUAUGUGUAUGCUCAGAGGUGGUGUUCUUGAUAAAGUGCCUUCAUAUUGCUUGAUCAUGUUAAAAACUUGCUAAGACUUAACAAGAUGUUGCUGCUACUUCUCAGAUACUGAGGUAUGCACACGGGGAAGGAAUUUCUCUCUUGAGAGAAUCUCUCUUCCAGAAGCAGCAAGAGGAGGGAAGGGAGAACAAGGGGGCAAUAAGCAUAAUAUUGUGCACAUUAAGGUAGGGAAUUGCACACUUUAUAGAGCAUCUGCAUGUUGUCAUUGUUAUGUUCCUGUUUUCCUGAAGCAGGUCUAUCAUUUCUCAAAUCACAAAACAACUCUUCUUUCCUUUCCAAGAGGUGUGGUUUUGACCCUUGCAGUUGCAUAUUGGAUGGGUAAAUACUUUGCCACACAGCAAACCUUCCCUAUUACCUGCCUAUUUGGGAACAGUUUGUCUGAAAGUCCACUGAUAUUCCUUAGCCUUCAUGAUUUGAAAGAAGAGACCUUUGUAAGUCUCAGGAAGCAUGCUGGGAGUUGAGUAAUACAAAACUGUAUGCAAGUCUCCAAAGAUUCCCCCCUCCUCCUCCUAAUGUCAGUGUGCCUUCCCCGACUAUGCAAAGUACAAAUAGAAGAAGGGAGAUUUUUGUGGAGGACAAAUGCUCAAAAUAAAAUACUGUAGCAAGACGAAUGAACUAGCUUGUUCCAGUGUGUCUAGAUCUGCACAAUUAUAUAGAGAUUUAUAUCAUCUCUGUGUCCAUGCACAAAUAUUAUUUAAAUAGACUGUAGCAAAACAAAAUUGUUUUGACUAAAAACACAUUUUAUUCUACAAAGAGCAUGCAGUGUUUUACUACUGGUAUCUAAUACAAUAUCUGUAUGUAUAACAAUGCACAUGACAAUGUUUAAAAAUCUAUCGUCAAUCUAUCACAUGUAUAUGUUUAAAGUGAUUGAUACCAGAUGAACCGUUUAUUCACUGAAGGUUAUUUUAAAAGAAACAGAAAAAAAGAAACCCCAAAUCCUUGUAAAGGAACAAGCAACAGUAUUUUUAAAAAGUUUAAUCUGUGCUUGUUCUGUCUCAUCUUUACAAUAUUAACCAAAGUUUUUCUAAAAGCACAGAUUUUAUUAAAUAAUUCUCAAGCUUUGCUUUUAACAUGACUAAGGCAGGGACUAUUAAUGUUAGAAACUGGAUAGUUGUGAAGUAGUAUUGUUGCAAUGUAACUUUAAAAAUUGCAAAACUUGUUCCUGCACUUCAGUAGCCCCUCCAUUGCCCCUCAGGUCUGCUCUACACAAUUUUUAUGUACAAUGCAAAAUCUGAAGGUGUGGUCAUGGAAGUGGAGUGGCAAAUGGCACAUCCAUGUAUCUUACAAUAAACACACACUUUUUUAUUUGGUGCAAAUAAUAUUACAGUAUUCAUAAAUGGAACCAAACUCCUCUUGGCCCCAUUACUGCUGGUGGAGGGGUGGGAGUCAUAGCCUUUGAUGUUUUCGUUACUGCUGUGUAACCCAUGUGAAUGUAAAAAAAAGUUCACCUUUUACUAUGUGAACAAAGCUUUCUAUCUGAGAAAAAAGUUUUCUUGCAGCAUAAAUUAAUCCCAUGAAAAAGAAGCAUUUUUUGAACUGGCAUGUUAUUUCUACACACACACACACACACACACACACACGCACACACGGAAGUGGCUUAUCUAUGCAAAUCCUACACACAUUUACUUGGGUGUAUCACAUUGGACACAGUGGGACAUGCUUCUGACUAGCAGGCAGAAAAAGGCCGACCUCACUUCUAAUUUACUGUGCUAUAUCUUCGAAAAGAUUCAUUUUAAUGUGCUGAUGUUGCACUCUGCAAUAAUUAGCUCUUGGAUCCCUUCUUUGAUUUAAAAUGUAUACUGUGUGACAUGAAAAAGUGUGCAGAAUUCUAUAAACUGUUUAUAAUUGUGCCUUGCUCCAUCUCAAGAAUGCAGCACCACAGUGGUUGAAAAUAAAGACGUCAUAAAUAGUAAUGGUACAGAAUGUACAUCCUGUGUAACUAAAUGGAUACAUUUGUUACUUGUACUUGUUUACAUUUAGAUACAUUUGUUACUUGUACAUUUGUUACUUGUACUUGUUUACAAGAUAAGGGCAGUACCAAGAAAGUGAGAGCAUCAGUAACUACGUCUUUUGACAUUUUACCUUAUCAGUGGAAUGCAAUAAACUGACUUGCAAAGUACCCAGUCAUAAUUCUUUAGAAGAGUAACCUUGAUUCUUAACAUAUUUGUAGUUCUGCCUCCUCCACUUAUACAAUAAACAGUUUUCAAGGAAACCUUUUUAGUUAUUACCCAAUCUGAAAACAUUUAUAAAAAUUUCCAACUUUUACUUCUAGCCAUAUUCCUAUUACCAACAUUCUAGCUGCAUAAAACAAAAAAACUGCUUAUGUCCGAAGUACAAAUAUCUAUCAACUUCAUCUCACUUUUCUUAAUAGCUUAGCCCCAUGUAUCUGAGGCUUUUUUUCUUAUCUGUGCUUCUCUGUGCAUGUGCCAUGCUUAAGGAGGGUGGUGACAGCAAAGGUUUAAUAACCCUGUCUCAAAUAUUAAAAACCCAUUGCCAACU